AUGCUGAUGGACGGAAAUCAUGUGAUCAUCCUCCGUGGAAAAGAGAAGCUCUUGCCAUCACGCACGGCAAGUUUCACUUGGAGUACCAACCCUGGGGUGGAUGUCCCAGUUGCUGAUGUUGCUGUUACUCGGUCAUCAUAUGGCUUUGAUGUCCUGACUGGUGAAGCCAUGGCAAUGGGUGAACGAACGCCUAUUGCUCUCCUAAAUCCAUCUGCGCAACUCACCAACCUGGCUGCAGCUUCCGUCUCCAGCCUUUCUCGUGUCAAGCUCAGUGCAAACUGGAUGUGCGCCGCUUCUAAAGAAGGCGAAGGUGCAGGAUUGUAUGCUGCCGUGGCUGCUGUCGGUAUGGAACUAUGUCCUGCGCUGGGCUGGAAGCAAGGAGAGAAGCAGCGUGAAGUUAGUGCACCGUUGUCUCUCAUUGUCACGGCGUUCGCGCCGGUGGACAACAUCGAACGAACAUGGACGCCUCAGCUGCGUACAGAUCUGAACGAAACGACUGUGCUCGUCUUCUUCGAUCUUGCUCAUGGCAAGACGCGUAUGGGUGGAUCUGCGCUUGCGCAGGUUUUCAAGGAGAUUGGAUCAGAGGCACCAGAUGUCCAGAAUCCUCUUACAGUGCAAACGUUCUUCAAUGGGUGCCAGAAGAUUAAGGAGAGUCAACCUGACUUGAUACUUGCAUAUCACGAUCGUUCAGACGGAGGGCUCUUCACAACUUUGGUGGAGAUAUGUUUCGCUGGUCGGGUAGGGGCUGUGGUCUCCCUUGACACCCUCCAUAGCGCUUCCGACCCUGUGGCGACCUUCUUCAACGAGGAGUUUGGAGCUGUCGUUCAACUCAUGAGCGAGUUUGUCGACGUCGGCUUCCCUUCUACAUCCAUCCACGUUAUUGGGCGCGUCAACAUUGAGCCUUCUGAUCAACUAUUCGCUGUGAAUCACGAAUCCAAGGUGCUAUUUUCGAGCACACCACACACUAUCCCCCUCACGAAGCCUCUCAAUGUUGCCAUCUUGCGUGAGCAAGGUGUCAACGGACAUGUGGAAAUGGCUUGGGCGUUUACAGCGGCAGGUUUUAAUGCCAUGGAUGUUCACAUGUCUGACAUUCUCUCUGGAGCACUGUCACUUUCGCGCUUCUGCGGUCUAGCAGCUUGUGGUGGCUUUUCCUAUGGAGAUGUGCUUGGCGCUGGGAAAGGCUGGGCUCACUCAGUGCUUUUGAACGACAUAGCGAGGAAGGAGUUUACCCACUUCUUCGCAGAUAAAAUAUUGUUCAAACGUUCACACUGA